UUGCCACAACAGCAAUUUUCACAGUUGAUGCCAGCUGCAUUCGAGAAUUUGAUUUCAAUAUCGGAUAGCAAAUCGCCAUUCUACGAAGUUUGCACGAAACAUUUCAUACAUUCUGUCUUUCAUCGUUUCCCAACCAAUUUUAUUGAUGGUUUAAAGCUUUGCCUUGCAGGAUGCGAUACUAAAAGCACUCCGGAAUUCAUAUUUGACAAAAUUAUCGAGCAGCUCGGGGCAGACAAGAUGGAUGCGAAGGACUCGAAACCCGAGUACACUGUUGAUAUUACCACUGCAAGUUUUAAUUCUUAA